AUGUGGGCACAUGUUCUCUCGGCCGGUCUCGGCCUCCUGUACCUGACCAAUCCUGGUUCUGCUCAACAGGAGGCCAGUCCCGUGAACCCGUGUCCAGUGCGCUGUAGCGUUUCCGGUCCGAAUCCUCUCAACUGGACCUACUUCCAUGGCGUGUUGGCAUUAAACCGCUGCGAGGAGCCAAUGCUCUUCAAGACGAUGCUGGGAACGAGCCUCGAGGACCCCAACAAGCACGUCACCUUCCGAGCUUGUACGGCUUCAGAGAAGUCUACAGUUCAGGCUAUGGAUUAUGAACCUGUACCCUUUACCUUUGGCGGCCCAGGCAAGCGCUCCGUGGAUAAGGAUGAGUCCGGUUGCGCGUCCGACAUGCAAAAAACUCCGAACAUGACGAGCAUCUCCUACCACGAGUGGCUGACCGACUCGGACGCCGGCAUCAGCGGUAGCAUUGCAGACACAACUCUAGCCUUAGACACGCUAAAGAGCUACCUGGACAAGGAGGAAAGCUGCAAGCGUACUGCCGUAUUUGCAAAGGUCCGAUAUGCGAUUGCUGGCCUCUUUGUCGGCUCAGCUGUUGACAAGCCAACUACGGUGCCAGUGGUGGAACAGUUAAUCAGCUCGGUCAAGGACAAGGAGAAUUAUGAGGCUGGCCGCAUUGCGGUCCAGAACUGCAAAGGAAACGGGCCGUCCGCCUGGAGCGUUGGCAUCAUUGCCGACCUUCAAGGAAACAUCACCUCGGUUCAGAACGCCCUCUUCAACUGGAACGAUGCCAAGUGCCUCCAAGGUUCAGACAUGAGUGCGGACUGGAGAGAGAUGCAAGUCAAUCUCUGGUCUGUCAAAAGCACCAACAGCUCGGACAUGUACCCGCCAAGAAACUCCACUGGUCUGCCGAGGAACUCGACUGCACAACCUGCCCUUGCUGACCGACAUGUCAAUUCCCUGCACCGCAGAGCUGAGUGUCGCGCCGAGAGGGUCGAGUCAGGAGAUACUUGCAUCUCGAUGGCCGACCGAUGUGGCAUUAGCCUCACUCAGUUUUACAAGUACAACACGGGCACGAACUUUUGUAAUCUGCUGAAGCCGAAGCAACAUGUGUGUUGCAGCUCAGGUGACCUCCCAGACUUCCGCCCGCAGCCAGAUGCCGAUGGGAACUGCCAUGCUAUUGACAUUGAGGAAGAGGACGGGUGUUGGGACAUUGCGGACGCGCACUACUUGACCGUCAAGGACAUUGAAGAACUCAAUAAAAACACCUGGGGUUUCGCCGGAUGCGGUGACCUCCAGCCGGGGCAAAAGAUCUGCCUGUCCAAAGGCGAGCCCCCCAUGCCCAAUCCCAUAUCCAACGCCAUCUGCGGACCUCAGAAGCUCAACGGUGAGCCCCGCGGCAACAAGAAGCUCGAGGAUAUGAACCCUUGCCCCCUCAACGUCUGCUGUAACGUCUGGGGUCAGUGUGGCCUGGAUAAUGACUUUUGUGUCAAGAACCCCGCAGACAAUGGCGCGCCGGGCACGUCGAAGCCCGGAAAGAACGGCUGCAUUGCAAACUGUGGCAUGAAUAUUACCAACAACGACAAAGGUCCAGACUCGUUCUCUCAUAUUGCCUACUUUGAGGCUUGGAACAAGAACCGGGCCUGUCUGCACAUGGAUGUCACAGACAUCGACACCAACAAGUACACACACAUCCAUUUUGCCUUUCCUAAUGUCACGGCCGGCGACUUUAACAUCGACGUCGGGACCUUGAAGGACCAAUUCGACAAGAUGAAGAAGAUGACGGGCAUCAAGAGGAUUGUGUCUCUGGGUGGGUGGGCCUUCUCAGCCGAGGCCCCGACCUAUACCAUCUUCCGUGAAGCCGUCAUGCCUGACAACCGCGCAAAGUUCGCCGCCAACGUUGUCAAGUUUGUGAAUGAUCAUGAGUUAGAUGGCAUCGACUUUGAUUGGGAGUACCCUGCCGCUGAGGAUCUUCCUGGUAUCCCCUCAGCCAACCCACUGGAGGGCCAGGACUACCUGGAGUUCCUGAAGCUCGUCAAGCGCAGACUGCCCAACAAGUCUGUCUCAAUCGCGGCACCAGCCUCCUACUGGUAUCUCAGAGGGUUUCAUAUCAAGGAUAUUGCCACUGUCGUCGAUUAUAUCGUCUACAUGUCCUAUGAUCUCCACGGCCAGUGGGACCACGGAAACAAAUGGUCCAGCCCCGGCUGCGAGAAUGGCGACUGUCUCCGCUCGCAUAUCAACAUCACCGAGACCAUGACUGCCCUGGCAAUGAUCACAAAAGCCGGUGUUCCAUCUUACAAGGUGUUCGUCGGCAUCGCAAGUUACGGGCGGAGCUUCAAGAUGUCCGAAGCGGGCUGCACGGGGCCCGAGUGCACCUACACCGGCACUAGGGAAGAGUCAGAUGCCAUGAAGGGUCCUUGCACCGAUACCGCGGGCUAUAUUUCCUCAGCCGAAAUCCGUGAGAUUCUUUGGAACGGGGACCUGCUCGGCGCCAAGCAAUGGCACGACGACGAUUCAGACUCGGAUAUUGUCGUGUACAAGGAGACGGAGUGGGUGGCCUGGAUGAAUGAUGACACGAAGGCGAGCCGGAUCGACAAGUACAAAGGCCUCAACUUUGGCGGCGUCUCUGACUGGGCUGUCGACCUUGACAAGGACUACGGCGACAGCGACAUCGGUGGCGGCGGCGACGAUGAUACAAACCUCUCUGGCGGCAAGAACUGUCCCUUGAGCAAGAGGUAUAACGACCUCGAGGAGCUCGCCAACGACGGCGAUGUCUCGGAUGAUUGUAAACCUGUGCUCGCCAUGAACGUCCUGGAAAACAUGCUCGACAGCUCUCUGGCCAGCUACGAGGACGUCGACAACGGGUACGACAAGAACUUUGCAGCUUACCGAAGGGUCAUGAAGGAGAGCGCCAAGGAAGCCAUGUGGAAGUUUUCUAAGUGGCGCGACGGCAAGUACACCGAGUGGUUCGACUGCGACUUUAAGGAUCUCGACGACUCAGGUCGAAACUGGAAGGGCCCCUGUGACCAGAUGAAGGAUCAUGUAGAUGCCUGGCUCAAGGGUGUCAUGACUGUGAAGGUCACACUCCGAGACGAGGACGGCUUCUGGAAAGGUCUCGAAGAAGAAACAGGUAUCAUCCAGGAUUGGGUCGAGUUCGGUGAUUUCAAGCAAAACACGGAACCAGGAGCUGGUUGUAACCCGCCCCCUCCACCCCCUCAGGUCUGCACGAUUCAAUACAUCCUCUCGGUAGAAGGAAUUCCUGUAUUGAAGGACGACUUUGAGAUCCCGGACCCCAAAGAUAUCAUCAAAGACAUUCAGGGUAACAUGGACGAGAUUCGCACGGGAAUCGCCUCUCGGUUCUUUGAUGUGGUAGCUGGUAUCUGGGAAGGCGGUAACGGUGAUGUUGUCCAAGUGCUCUCGGUACCCAUCUUCCUUUUGGCGCAGGCCGUCGACUCUAUGGAGGAGGCCAAGAAGAAGGGUGGCGAGAUCAUUCAACAGGAGAGGGAGGCCCUGAUCUUGGGCAUCAUCUCGGCUCUCUUAUUCUUCAUCCCUUUCGUUGGAGAAUUCGCCGCCAUGGCGGCGGGGGCAGCGACAGUGGGCCGCAUGAUUGCACUUGCAGGUCUGUUGGGCAACACGGCCUUCACCAUUCACGACAUCGUUGGCAAUCCAGAGAAUGCGGCCAUGGCAAUCAUGGCCCUGCUAAGCGGUGGACGUGUCCGCAAACCGAAGGAUUUUGUCGAUCUGGGGGCUGCUAGGAGAGCGCAGACAAACUCUGGAAUCAAGAGGAUGGGUCCGACCUUUAAAAAGCAUGACGACUCGCUGCAAAAGGUUCUAGGAAACUGCCGUAAAGAUGGUGGCAACGACGACGAUGAACCCAACAUGUGCAAGAACAAGAGGGGGUUGUUUAGAAGAGCGGCGAACAACUGCCCGAAUGCAGAUGUGCAUGAGACAGUUACGACCAAGGUAGAAACCUUCAUGACCACUCCAGACGUAACGUGUUCGGAGACGUGGAGCCAGGCCUGCUACCACUACAGCUCGGUCAUGAGUGUCCAUAGCAACACUCCUGAUAUGGUCCGCUGGACAUGCUGGAAAACCGCCAGCAGUACGAGCGGCAAGGCCACCAAUGACUGGGGUUCUUUUGGUUCGCAGAAGAGGAAACUUCCCAAGACAGCCCAGCACCAUUGGGACUGGGCUGUUGAAUGGACAGAGGAAGCGCGUUGCGAUAGGGACGAGUGGCCUCCGCGUAAUUUUUGGCCCAAAGCCAAGAGAAUGCAACCUGGUCAAAUCAUCCGACUCCUCCCGGCAGAUCAGAACGAAAGUGCUGGGACGAUGUGGAGGCAAUUUUGCGCAACUUAUGACGAGUACAAAACCAAGACAAAUGGCAAAACGGAAGUUAGGGAUGGUGCCCGAACUACCACAGACAAGAAAGUUGAGAAAAAGGUCGAUAAAGGAACAACGACCUACAUCACCAGUGUGGGAGUCAAGGUUCCCAACGCUGUCUUCGAGAUCAAGCACUGGGACCACACUAAAAUUACCUCUCUGAGGGAUGAUGGUCUCUGGGACAACCCUUGCUGGCCGAGUGCGCUGCUCCCGAACGAUCCUGGAUUUGUCCUGCUCACGGACGACCCCUGGUACGGGAACAACGCCAAUGCCCAAGUCAGCACCGACGAAUAUAAUAGCGCACCUCCUUCAGCCCUAACCAGCGGCAUGACAAAGUCACGAGCGCUACCAGGUCGUCCAAUCAUUGCUGUACGCUCAGUCGGCGAUCUUUACGAGGAGUCUGACACAUUUUAUAAAGAGAUAGCAGUGGAGGAGAGAGCAACCUUUAUUGAUGAGAACGGCGUUGAAUACGAGGAGAUCCUGACUAGCGACGAUCUUGACUGGAGUGAGACGGACUGGUCGGAACUCGACUUUGCGCCUGCACUGUCUCUGCCUCUUACAGCCGAGGCCGUUCCAUCUGCCACUGUAGUCUUGGACUAUAUUGAGAAGGAGGAAGAGGCUAAGCCAGGAUCCGUCGUCGUGGAUGGUCUUGCCAAACCCACGAAUGGCCUAUCUUGA